AGUGUGAGUUGGCCGAUCAUCGGGCAUGGUAGUCUCGAUAGCUAUAGUCAGUAUUUUACACGUGCGAUUAAUAACAAAUGGCCAAACAUGAAUGAAACCGUGCUCAGUUCGAUUAUAUAUCCUGAGGAGGCGACAAUUUUGGCCGCGUUUUGUGCCAUUUUGUUCUGUUUCUUAGGUGUCAUAGGAAACUUCGUUACCGUUUUGGCACUAUUGGGUUGCCCAAAACUUCGCAGCCAUGCUACAACAGCAUUCGUUUUGUCAUUGUGCAUAUCGGACCUUUUAUUUUGCUCGGUAAAUUUACCUUUAACCGCAUCCAGAUUCAUACACAAAGCGUGGGUGCUGGGGGAUGCCCUUUGCAAACUUUUUCCAGUCUUAUUUUACGGCAAUGUUGCCGUGUCGGUGCUUAAUAUGGUUGCAAUUACAUUAAACAGGUACGUUUUAAUUUCGGGCCAUCAAUACUAUUCGCUACUGUAUUCACGGACAUCAAUUUGGAUACAGCUGCUAUCCACAUGGGCUAUAGCCAUUCUUAUUAUGCUACCGUCAUUAUUGGGAAUAUGGGGACAGCUGGGCCUUAAUCCUUCGACAUUUUCUUGCACCAUAUUAAAGAAGGACGGCCAAUCGCCGAAAAAAGUGAUUUUUCUUAUUGGUUUCGUUUUACCGUGCCUUGUCAUCAUUUUAUCGUACUCCUGUAUUUACUGCAGCGUGAGGAAGUCGAGGAAGAAACUCAAAUCGCACCAGCCUAUACAGGAUAAGCGAAAAAGUCGCCGGGAAAAAGACGACAGCCGUCUUACAAAAUUGAUGGCGUUGAUAUUUUUGUUCUUCCUAAUAUCAUUUCUGCCACUAAUGUUAACCAACGUUUUUGACGAUAAUACUCAAUACCCAUGGCUACAUAUUUUAGCCUCUAUCUCUGCAUGGGCCUCCAGUGUUAUAAACCCAUUUAUCUACGCUGCCAGUAAUAGACAAUAUCGAAGCGCAUACUCAAAACUACUCAGGAUUGUGAAAAGCAGCGUGGUCUUUUCGGACUCGAAGCACGUUUCUAAUUCAAAUAGGUCCAGAGCUAACGAAAAGAAUGUCAGCUUAAAGCCGAACGAAAAUUUGCCAUGAUUAAGUUAAUACCAAAUAUGCACUUUACAUUCCUUAGAAACUACACCAAAUAUUAGCAAGACUGAAGACUCAGAAGAAGAAAAAACAAUCUAUGUAGUGCCAUAACACAGUAUUACAAGUUACCAUUAGAUGCAAUGUGAUAAUACUUAUCAU